AUGUUGAAAAUUAUCGGUUUGUGGCCGGAAAAAAACAAAAAUCAACGUGAAGAAUUACUGUCGAAGAUUCGAUUUCUAUUGAAUGUUAUUAUAUUGAUUACCGUAUUGACUAUACCGGUUUUAAUGUCACUGAUAAGAGUAUGGGGCGAUAUGAUAUUAAUGAUAGAUAAUUUACAAUACUCUUUGCCUAUUUUUAUAACAAUACUGAAAGUUUUCAUUAUGUGGUACAAAAAAGAAGCUUUAUUGCCGUUAAUUAAUAUGAUAAUGAACGAUUGGAUAAAAGUGAAAAUGGAAGAGGAGCGAAUUGUUAUGUUAAAACAAGCUAGAAUCGUCCGCUUGCUCGCCAAGUGUGGAACACUUAUAAUAUUGACUCCAAUACUGAUAACUGUAUGCUCGACUUUCCCUUUUGCUCAGACACUUAAGCAGAUAACGAAUUUUACCGAUCCAAGUGGAAAGCCUUUGCCAAUACAAUUGUACUAUUUAUAUGAUAUAUCUAGCAGUCCAAAAUACGAGCUAACAUAUCUGGCACAAACCAUCGCAAUAGCUACAUGCGGUCUCUCUUAUACCGCAGUCGACAACUUUCUUGGCCUACUGAUCUUACAUAUAUGCGGUCAGAUAGAGAAUCUGCGUCUACGAUUAUUAAAUCUAGGGAAGAAAACGAAUUUCAAAGAGGUUUUAAAGUACAACGUAAAAGACCAUAUCCGCUUGAACAGAUCUAUAGAAAUCAUUGAUAAUACUUUCAAUAUAAUGUUGCUUGGUCUAUUAUUUCUUUUUGGGAUAUUAUUUUGUCUUCAUGGAUUUCUAAUAAUUAAUGUAAGUAAGAAUAAUUAUACUACUGGAUCACUGGUUAAUCAAGGUGGUCACGUAUCAAUCUUGCAAUUAGUUUAUUACAUCUCUACGUCUACAUGUAUUUUAAUGCACAUGUGUCUUUAUUGUGCGGUUGGUGAACUUCUCGUAACUCAAUCUGAAAAAAUACAUCAUGCCACGUAUGAGUACAUAUGGUACACUCUCGAGCCAAAGGAUGCAAGAAAUUUGACAUUAAUUAUGCUCCGUACACAAAAACCACUCAAUAUUACAGCGGGAAAAACAUUCCCGAUGACAAUGUCGACAUUCUGUAACUUAUUAAAAACAUCGGCGGGCUAUGUAUCUGUGUUACUUGCCAGUCGAAAUUAA